AUGGGAGCGAAGAAAAGCAAGCUCAAUCCCGUCGCCAUUGCAGAACUAAGUGCUAAGACAAAAUUCGGCAAAGAAGAGCUGCAACAAUGGCACAAAGGAUUCCUAAAAGAUUGCCCGACGGGAAAACUUUCCGCUGCUGAGUUUAGCAAGAUUUACACGCAAUUUUUUCCUCAGGGUGAUCCACAAGCCUUUGCUCGCUUUGUUUUUGAUGUUUUCGACGAGAACAAAGAUGGAACAAUUGAGUUUGAAGAGUUUAUCAUGGCCUUAUCAGUAACUUCGAGAGGAACGUUGGACGACAAAUUACGCUGGGCAUUCAGACUGUACGACUUAGACGGAGAUGGUUCAAUUACGCGCGACGAAAUGCUGGAAAUUGUGAAAGCGAUUUACUCGAUGGUGGGAAGUACAGUUGCGCUGCCGGAGGAGGAAAAUACGCCUGAGAAGAGGGUCGCUAGAAUAUUUGCCUUGAUGGAUAAGAAUGACGAUGGGUACCUGACGAUGUCCGAGUUCAUGGAAGGAUCGAAAAAGGACCCGAGUAUAAUUCAAGCGCUGUCACUUUAUGAUGGGCACAGGUUCAACCUUUCCUGCCUUUGA